GCCUGGAGGCAUUAGUGAUCUACUGCCACUAGACACGGAAGCCUGCUAAGCGAAAGUUUCUUCUAUUCCGUCCACAACCAUUUGAACCAUUUGACUAAAAGAAAUGCAGUCGGGUGACUAGACCACCGCCCACUGGAUAGUACCAAAUACCUGGAACUGUAAAGAAGCAACGGGGAAGAAUCUCAAAGAAAUCAAUCCGUUUAUACAUGCUGGUCACACAGUUACUGGUUUUAUUGGAACUUUGUGCUGUGCGCGUUGCUUGACAUGUACGCUUCUUUCAUAUUUGUCGUAUUUUUAAGAUUGUUCUUCGCCUACUUUCUGUUUUUUCUCGGAAAGCACGUAUAAAUUAUCCAAAAUAGAGUAUAACCGACCAAUCUACAAAAAAUUGGUUUGUUUUUGCUUCAACUUCCUCCCUCGUAUCUCAUGACCAUGACAGUCAUCUGAUAAUCGGAUGGAAUGGAUAAUGUACCAUGUUGCUAUUGUACCUAUGAAGUGCCUUUCCGGGGAGUUUCUUCAGAGCAUCCGACGGGUCACUUGCUAACUGCUGUUAGAAAUUCUGGGGAGAAGCAAUUGCUUGGAAAACCUCUGGAUAAAAUUUUCCGUUUUGGGUGUUUUGAAGUUGCACACAACAAAUUAACAUUAUAUGGAAUUUUGGGUUUAUCAAAUUGGGAAGUAUUAUUUGUGCCAUGUAUUAAUCUUGGACAAAUAAGUAAGGAGAACAUUAAUGCCACUCGUCAAUUAUUAUCUCAAACACUUCAUCGUACAGAACCAUAUUUUUAUCAAUCAUGGAUUUCUAAUCGUCCUGGUUCUAUUGGUUUAGGUAAAAUUGAUUAUUUAAUUAUACAAGAUCGACAUGAUCAUUUAUAUAAAUUUGAUCCAAUCAAUAAUAUAUGGUUACAUUCAAUAAAUGGUAAUGGUAUUAAAUUAAAAAAAUUUAAAAAAUAUUGGUUAAAUACUACUGAUAAUACUACUAAUACUAAUACUCCUCCUCCUACUACUACUACUACGACUACUACUCAUCAUCAUCAUAAUAAAUUACCUCAUACACCAACACGUUUAUUAAUAUUAACAACAGAUUUUGAAGUAUUUAGUUUUCAAUUAUGUUAUAAUCAAUUAAAAUUAUCAACAAUAUCUAUCAUAACAACAAAAGAAUUAAAUCAAUUACGUAAAAAUAUUAAAAAUAAUAUAAAUUUAUUUAUUAAUUUAUUAACUAAAAGAAUAUCAUAUAUACGUAAAUCAACUGGAUAUUUAUUAGCUAAUGAAUAUGCAAUUCAUAAUAAUAGUAAUAAUAAUUUGGAAACAUUAUUGAUUGGUCAACAAGAUACAACUAAUCAUAAUCUACAUAAAAGAUCUAAUGUUAAUAUCUAUGAAACUAAUUGGAAUGAUAAUAAACAUGAUUUUCCAGUCAAGUGUACUCCAGUUAAUUCACUGACAAGAUUAAAAACAACUUGGUAUCAUCGUUUAAAAGGAAAUUAUAUAAUAAUUGAUAAUACAGAUUUUGCUUAUUGUCGUACAUUACCAUUGGAAAUACCAACACUUGCAUUUAAAAUGUCUGUAAUUAUAUUUCGCGACUACUUUGAAGGACAUCGAUUUCCAAUUUUAUCAUUUUAUUAUUCAAAUUCAUUAGUUCAUAAUAAAAAUUCUUAUUUAUAUAAAUAUUAUCCACCUUAUUCCUUGGCUACUACUACUACUACUACUUCCCCGGUUUCAAUGUCAUUAGUACAUCGAUUCGGUGUAUGGAUAUUAAGAUCUGGUAAUUUAUUAACUGAUAUCAAUAUGAAUCAACUGAUUGAUUGUACUAAUCAUUUAUCAACAACAACAACAUCAAAUCACCAAAAGAAAUUAUAUUUAAAACAUAUUAAAUUAUCAUUUAGUGAUCAUUUAAAUGAAUUAUUCAAAGAUAAAAAUAUUGUCAAAUCAACUGAAUCAACUUUACAAGAAUAUUAUAUUCCAUUAUAUGAAGAUUAUUCUAAUGAUUGGUGUACUACUACUACUACUACUCAUGAUUGUACAUUCAUGACAACAUCAGAUCAUCCAACCAAUAAUGAUAAUGAGGAAAAGGCAAAAUCACUAGAACAGAACAAUUUUAUACCAUCUUCAUUUAUAACUGAAUUAUAUGAAUUGAAUCAACAUUAUGAUAAUUGGUUAAUACCUAAACAUAAUCAUAUUAAACAAUCUUGGUUACAAUUAAAAAAUCUUAUACAAUUACCACAAAUUCAUACACCAAAUGUAGAGAUUUUCAAUGAGUUUACAAAUACUACUACUUAUAAUAAUAAUAAUAAUAGCAUGAAUGAUACUACUGAUUAUGAUUCUUCAGUAGUUGGUGACCAUCAUUCAUUGAUUAAUGUUGGAACUACUACUUCUACUAUCAAUAAUAACAAUAAUACUAGUAGUAGUAAUGAUAAUCUAAUGUUUAUGAAUUGGGACACCUUAUCAACCGAUUCAUUAAGUAGUGAACGUGAAAAAAAAUAUUCUGAUAUUUUAUUCAGAUCAAAAUCAAAACAAAUGGAUCAUUCAGUUAUUGAUAAACGUUUAUCUACAAGAUCUGAUUGGCAUAAAUUCAGUUUUUCUAAUUUACUUAAAACGGAUGAUAAUAAUAAUAAUAAUAAUAGACAUAACAAUCUCAUUAAUAAUAAUCAUAAUCAUGCGAACAAUAAAAGUAAUAGUACUAAUAAUCUACGUAAUAGUAUAGGUCAAUCAUUUAGUAAAAGUUAUUCACAUUUUUAUUUAUUAAAUAAAAAGAAAUUAGAUCAUUUUGCAUUUCAAUGUAGUCCGCAUCGAUCUGAUUGGUAUGAUUAUUUAUUAUCAACAAAUUGGUUAAAUUUAUUAUUGUUUACAUUAAAACAAGCAACACAAUUAAGUCAAUUAAUUUAUCAAUAUUCAAUGAAACCAGUAAAUGGUUAUAAUGGAACAAUUAUUUUAUUAAGUGGACCAGAUAGUGGUCGAAAUUGGCAACCAAUUUUAAUGAGUCUUGUACAAAUAAUGUUAUCUGCGGAGAACAGAACAAUUCUUGGAUUUGAAGAUUUAAUUGAACAAGAAUGGAUUCGUUAUGGUUAUCCAUUUGUCCCCGAUCCAGCUGAUUGGCAUGAUGAUUCAGUUAGUUGUGAUUAUGAUGAUGGUGCAUGUUUCGCAUUAUUCAUCGACUGUGUUCAUCAAUUAUUAGUCCAAUUUCCUACAGAAUUUGCAUUUACAGAGGAUUAUCUGGUCUUAUUAUUAGAUAGUGCAUUAAGUCGAGGCGGUGGAACUCCACCAUUCACUAUAGAAUUCUCAUGUUCAUGUGAAGCAACAAGGAAUGUUAAAACAAAAUCAAUGACACAAGAACAAAUUAUUGAAAAAUCAAAUUAUUUUUAUAAUAUAAGAGCAUGGCGUUCAUUUCAUAAUUGGAAUGAUAUUUUAACUGAUCAUGGAUAUCAAUUACUGUUUAAUUGGUUAUAUUUUUGGCAAUAUAAUUCAGAUCCUGUAAAUAAUAGAUCAGAUUAUACUAAACUUAUACAAACUGUAAACAAAUCUACACAAAUACUUAUACCAAUUUUAUCACCAUUAUAUUAUCCACAUUUUUGGAUUCAUGCAUGGUAUCGUUGGAAUCGUUCAAUUCGUUUAACUAAUGGUGGGGGUUAUGCAUUCAAUGCUGCUUAUUAUAGAAAUUUAUUAGGAUCAACUACUACUACUACUAAUAAUAAUAAUAAUAAACAGAAUUCAUUUAUGAUACCACGUACAAAUACUACACCUUAUACUGGUUGGUUAACAGAUGAAUCAAUUGGAAAUGCAUUAAAUCAAAUUGGUUAUUCAAUAUCAUUUGAUUAUUUUUAUAAAAAUUUAUAUGAAAUAGCAAAUUUAUGGGAUAAUAAUGAAGAUUUUAACACAUCUUAAUAGAUAUGUUAUACAUACUUUCUUUUUUAUUUUUCCCUUCUUUAUUUAAAUCACAUCUAUCAUUUAUGUAUGAAUAAUCUCAUUCCUUUUAUUAUCAGUGUGUUUUUAUUUUGUUUUGUUUUUUUCUUUCUUUAUUUAUUUAUUCUCAAAUGAUCAAUAGAAAAACUGUUUACUUUUGUUUUCUUUUUUUGUUUAAAAGAAGAAGAAGAAGAAAAAAAUAACCGCCAAAUAAUCUCAUAAGUUUUGUUUUUGUUUUUUUAAAAAAUUAUUUUAUUUGUGUACGUACUCAAGUAAAUGGAAGGAAUCCAAUAUUGAUCUGAAUUGAAAUACAAUAAUCCCUUUUUUUUCUCUCUCUCUCUCUCUCCUUAAAUCUUUCUAAUUAUUUCAGUUUUUUUGUACCUUUUAUAAAUUAAAAAAAAUUUUUUUUAUUUUUUAUUACUUAAUUUACUAGUAAUUUAUUUGUUUAUUUACUUGUUUUGUAAAUCUAAUUUAAAUAAUUGUAAUAAGAUCAUUAUGAAUAUUCUAAUGAAAUUUGUUUACAGAUAAACAUGAUUUGUAAUAAUU